UUGGUUGUGUUGUGAUUUUUAAAGCGAUUUUGCGAUUUUGAUUAGGGGAUCACUAGCCUGGAACUCAAGUGAGUCCUUGCUCUAAACGAAAUCAGUAGUAGCAGCAGCGAGUCAAACCUCCACUCUGCGAAGGGUCAUACGCUAUCUGUUGAAGGCUUACCAUCUUCGCACCCAAAAUCAAUGCUCCCGCAAGAGACCUGCUUCACGACUCAUCUACGUGAAACAGUCUGUGCUCAUUUGAAGUUGACAGAACCGACAGGACCGAAUUCUCAACCCACAAACGAAGUAAUGCAGGAUGACGAUUAUUUUGCUCUUAACGACGAUGACGAGACACUCCCUACUUCGGCUUUUCAAUCGAGCCAUACUACCCCGGCACUUACUGUGGAUCGAGACUGCGAUGCACAACAGGUGAUUAAACACCCAAACAACUCGGCGAACGCAGAUACAGAGAGCAUAUUGGAGGGUGGGCAACCCAGGCCGAUCACGUGAUGAUAUCCCGAAGGAUAAA